CUUUUGAGAUAUCUAAAUCACGACAUUGGGGCGAGCAUUUUUCAGAUUUUUGACCGCGAUUGUGGGGGCAUGACUAAGUACCUGCCCGUCACUUCCGGACGUUGACGAUUUUCAAAGUAUAUUUUGCGAAAAGAGUAGGCGAAGUCGUUUUAUCCUCCUGUACAUUCUUACUUCUGAAGAAUUGCGACUUUUUGUCCGCUGCUCUUAUCUCUAUAUCUACAGCCGGCCAGUAUGGAAAUUGCAUUUAUCACAAUUCUUGAUCUGACGCCGGCCGCUAGAGUAAAGUAUACAUCUGCGUCCGUUCAGGAUAUACUCGGCUACACCAACAAUGAAGUGGUUGGCAUGUCCCUUUGGGAUUUCGUUCAUCCGCUUGAAUUCUCGUUCGCAAAGCAGAUCCAUACCCAGAGCAUCAGGCAUGACAUUGCUGCUGGAUUGAGUUACUUCCAGAUUAAGCACAAGCUUGGUCACUGGGUUGGGGUCGAAUGCGUAUUCAACGUGGUCUAUGAUGUUUUAGUAGCAAGCACCAGCAUCUAUCAGAGGGGAUUAAGAAGUCAAAAGAGGGCAACCGACGCUCCAGCUGUCAGACGGCUAUUUUGGUCACCAUCACAAUUCGACCCACGAUAUAGCAUGCUCUCAUAUAUUUCGAGCAAAUUUUCGCCAGUUCCACAGAUCCUCUCACAUGAGCCGCGCGCGGCUUUAUUCUUAAACCGAUUUACCCGGUCUUCGAACAUCAUGUAUGCGACAAGUGGCGUAGCUCGCGUCCUUGGGCUGAGGCCGGCGGAUCUCGUUGGUAGGAGCUUUUACUACUGCAUAGAGGAGUGUAGUCUGCAUGAGGCCGUGAGGUGUAUUGAAGGGGUGAAGUCGAAUGACACGAUUUCGUAUCUCCGGUUCUGGUUCCGAAAUCCAUUGCUGGGCGAGAAUAGCGCGGAUGACCACGCGGAAUAUGGAAGCGAACACAAAGUUCAAGAGGAGGAGGAGGGUGAUGAUAAUGAUGUUGAAAUGCGAGAUGAAACCUGUGUCGACUCACGAAACAUCCUGAACAAUUGCAAUAUCACGGACAAUAAUACCAAUUUCUCACGAUCACUGGGCGAUAUCCAGACGACCACAACCAACAGCAACAGCAACAACAACCUCCAUAGACCACGAAUAGAAAUCGAAGCAGUAAUAUCCUGUUCCUCCGACGGCCUCGUUGUCGUGCUGCGACACGCGCGGCCAGUAAUUCCACCCUCUCUCGAAAAUAUCAGCUACUAUUCAGCUUACCUCCCCGCAUCACCAUGGGACACCGAUUCCACAAUCCCAGUCCAACAAGCAGACUCCAGCGAGCCACCAGAAUCAAUUCCAUCGUCCCUCAGAGGGCCUGAGCAAGGAGAGCUGAUGGAUACUAUUCGCGACGUCGCAGUCCUUGCAUGGGCGUCAGGCGUGAAAUGAGGCUAUUCGCUGUUUUCGCAAAGUUGCGGAGGAAUUGGACUGAACAUAAUUUCCCCUUUUACGAUCUUUGCAUUUUCAGGAGUACACAUCCCCGUCCCUUCUGUUUGGUUUUACAUGUUUAUUGUGCGACCAUAGCUCUCUCUUCAAUACCGCCUCGGCCGUUGGCAUUUCCCCUGUCUCCGGGUUUAAUUCUUCCCACUCUGACAUCAAAUUUCAUAGCAUAGUAGAGCAAACCGCUCUCUACCUGUAUAAUCCCGACAUGUUUCAUGUACAACACAUCACAUCACUGGCGUUGUUCUACUCAUAAUCCCGGUUUAUUUUUCGUUUUUCGUUUUUCGUUUUUGUACGAUAACCGUUUGUGCUCGCUAUUUUUGGAAUAAUCAAUAUAGACCCGAUAUCC